AUGAAAAAUUAUAAUGCUUCUGUUAAUAAACAAUUAACUUCUAAGCAUGAUGGGGUGCUUGAAAAGAAAAAAAAUGAUACAACCGCUAAAUAUACUACUACAAAUAAACAAGGAACCAAAAAGAAAAAGCAAUUAUCUGCCCUCGGUAUCUUGAAAGACACAUUGAAGUUAAAAUCUUCAAAAAAUGCCAUGAAGACAGCUUCUACUAAAUAUACUAAAUCAAAUAGUUUAACAAAUUAUGAUACAAACAAUAAUACUGGCAAAGAUAUAGAUUCAGAAAGAAAAGCCAAGAUCAAUAAGAGACUUUCUACCCAACGCGUAACAUUAUUCUAUCACAACGAUGUUAGAGUGAUGAGCUAUACUCCUAACAUUAAACACCAAGCUACCGACAAAGUCAAUUCUUCUGAGAACAAUAAAUUGCAUAAUAGAGAUGAUACAAGUUUUUCUUCGUCAAUAAGUAACAAUACUGUCUCCAUGAAACCAUAUUCACUUGUCGCACACGGUCCUAUAGAAAUAUACCAGAUCAGAACAAUAUCUAAUUUACCAAAUGAGAAACCGCAAACUAUGAAUUACCUAUCAUUAGGAAGAAAAGGAAAUAUAAUUCAUCCAAUUCUUCCAAAGUUGAAAGUGACAAAAUCAACUGGUUCAACAACAUAUUCAAUACAUUUCUAUAAUCCUGAAAGAUUCUGGAGUGUGGACUUUUAUUUAAACCAGGGAACGAAAGAUGAGGAUAACGAGAUGAAGAUAGUAUUGACUUCCUUUGAAGAACAAAUCUCGAAGAUUUGCGAUUUUACAAUUAAAACUGCCGAUGAUACUUUACUACCUAUUCUUAUGGCCAACACAGAAUCAGCAAAAGAUUGUCUAAUAAUAAACUCCUCCCCUUCAAACAAUACCAAAAUUUCCUAUGAUGAGGAAUCAGAAGAUGAUCAACUGAGCUAUUUGUUGGAAGAUUCUAGUGAAUCUGAUAGUAGUGAUGUUGGUUCUAUAUCUCACGAUAUAUUAAUCAAUAACCAUUCGAACGUAAUUUCAAGUCAAUGUACCCUAAACCCUAAAAACUGGAUUGCUAAUAAUCAUGUACAGGAAGAUAUUAUUAAUGAUGCAUUCAAAAAGGCAUUCCAACAGUAUUCGCAUAUACCAAUAAAUAGUCAAUCAACCUUAUUAGAAAAAGAAAAUACAACACAAUUAAAAACUAAGAGAUAUAGCUCAUAUAACCCCUUAGUCUCCACUUUUGAUAUCAGAAAUCAUUAUAAAGAAAAUAAUAAGUCUCUUUCAAAUGGGAGAUCAUCAUCUUUUGAAUAA